AAGCCACUUGUUUGACUCGAAAGGAUCAUCAAGUUAGUGUGCAAGUGACUAAAGCCAUGCCUCCAGAACGUAUCCACAGAGCGCAACGAGUUAGAGGAGUCGGUCCUCUUAAUAUGUCCCAACGCAAGGUCAAAGGCGCAGGCUGGCAUCGACGAGGAUGGCGUGAGCGUGGCAAUAUGUGGAUCAAUGUUAAGGAAGGGAGUUACGGAGCUGUUCGUGGUAUGGAUGUGAAUGAAAACGCGACGUUGGCCAGCUUUGUCUCGACUGUUGCAACGUAUCAAGAGCGAAGCGAAUGCUACCCAUGCAAAGAAGGGUGGACUUGGGAUCUUUUCUUCCGGAGAAAGUCACUCGUAGAUAUGUUGGAGGAAUUCGCAGAGCAAGGGAGGGCUGAGCAGGAUGAUCUUGUUCGCGACUUUUUUGACGGAGGGGAAACUGUCAUAUGGAAGGUGUACGACGAACAAGGACGCGAGCGAGUUUACAAUGGCACCUGGGGCUAUCAUGGCAGAUAGAGCUUUUCUUCAAGCCAAUGCCCUCGAGCACUACCAUGUUCACAGGAGAACAGUAUGGGGGUCAUGGACCACAUAUGCGUAUCGGAUUCCAAUCCAACGAAGCAAUGUUAAAACUUUCCUUUGGGUUCAAUUGAUAAUUUCUCCGUAAUGUAGAUAGCUUAACACCGCAGAAUUUGGGAUAUUCCUUUCAUCCGGUUCCUUCCGUGACAUCUUAAUACAAGCCUCUAGUGAAUAAUUCGUUUACCCACAUCUGAUCCCAAUGAAUACCCAGAUCGCGUCAUACUACCCAUUUCUCAUAGUCCGGGAAAUAAUGAUUGUGAAUACGCUCUGCGUAAUCUAAGAGGG